AUGUCUAUUCUCCUUCCUCUCUACAUCUACCCCAGUCCCGGUGCUUGGGAUCCACUCUAUGCAUCGGCAAAGGCACACCGCGAUGUUUCUUUUACAGUCGUGCUCAAUCCCUGCUCUGGACCCUGCAUGGGUUCACUGCCUGACUCAGUAUACCUGGACGAAAUCCCCAAACUUGCUCAAUACCCCAAUAUCCGUACCUUGGGCUAUGUAGCGACGCAUUACACCAAAAAGACCGUAGACGAUGUCUUGGCAGAAAUCGACACAUACUCAAGCUGGCCCUCCGUAACGAACGUGACAAGCAUGCGCGUCGACGGCAUCUUCUUCGACGAAACACCUAGCACUUACACCCCAGAAUCAUAUGCCUAUCUCGAACGCGCAACACAUGCAGUCAAGAAUACGAGUACGACGUUCAAGAAGGGCUUUAUUGCGCACAACCCCGGUCUUGUCCCUCUAGCGGACCUCACCUCACCUGGCUAUCUUGCAGACUCGUACUUCAACCUCACCGAUCUCACCGUUGUCUUUGAAGAAACUUUCGAAAAGUACCUAGACAAGGACACAAUGGGGCCUCUUUCCAAGGCAGCCGUCCCGAAUUCAAAAUUGGGAGUCAUUCUGCACUCUGUCCCAAGGCUAAAUCAGGAUGUGCUGAGCUAUGUGAUUGGGAAAGUUGAGGAAGCUGCCGACUGGGUGUUCUUGACAAGCGGGAUCGAGGGCAACGGAUACCAUGACUUUAGUGAAGUGUGGCAGGGCAUGGUCGCAGUAGUCGGGAAGGGAAAAGGUGAGGGGACUGGGUGGAGAAAUUAG